CCGGGCGAGGGGCCCCGGGCCGGAGGGGGGCGCGGGGAAGUCGGGCCGAGCGCCGGGUGGCUCCCGGUGGAAAGUUGCCGGGAGAAGCUCGGGGCGAGCGGGGAGCAUGGGCACGUUGCGGGAUUUACAGUACGCGCUGCAGGAGAAGAUCGAGGAGCUGCGGCAGCGGGAUGCGCUGAUCGACGAGCUGGAGCUGGAGCUGGACCAGAAGGACGAGCUGAUCCAGAAGCUGCAGAACGAGCUGGACAAGUACCGCUCGGUGAUCCGGCCCGCCACGCGGCAGGCGCAGCAGCAGAGCGCCCGCAGCCUGCAGGGCGAGCAGCGGACCAAGCGGCAGGCGAUCUCGGCCGAGCCCACCGCCUUCGACAUCCAGGACCUCAGCCACGUCACGCUCCCCUUCUACCCCAAGAGCCCGCAGUCCAAGGAGCUAAUAAAGGAAGCUAUCCUUGACAAUGACUUCAUGAAGAAUCUGGAGCUGUCUCAGAUCCAGGAGAUUGUGGAUUGUAUGUAUCCUGUGGAGUAUGGCAAAGACAGCUGCAUCAUCAAGGAGGGAGAUGUGGGUUCCCUGGUGUAUGUCAUGGAAGAUGGGAAGGUUGAAGUGACGAAGGAAGGCGUGAAGCUGUGCACCAUGGGACCAGGCAAGGUGUUCGGGGAGUUGGCCAUCCUCUACAACUGCACUCGAACAGCAACUGUCAAAACUCUCGUAAAUGUGAAACUUUGGGCUAUUGAUCGGCAAUGUUUUCAAACAAUAAUGAUGAGGACAGGCCUCAUCAAGCAUACUGAGUAUAUGGAAUUUUUAAAAAGUGUUCCCACAUUCCAGAGCCUUCCUGAGGAGAUACUCAGUAAGCUUGCAGAUGUCCUUGAAGAGACACACUAUGAAAGUGGAGAGUAUAUUAUCCGACAAGGUGCUCGGGGGGACACUUUCUUUAUAAUCAGCAAAGGAAAGGUGAACGUCACUCGUGAAGAUUCCCCCAGUGAGGAUCCAGUCUUUCUCCGUACUUUAGGAAAAGGAGAUUGGUUUGGAGAAAAAGCACUGCAAUGGGAAGAUGUCAGAACUGCCAACGUCAUUGCAGCUGAAGCAGUAACUUGUCUGGUCAUAGACAGAGACUCCUUCAAACAUCUGAUUGGCGGCCUAGAUGACGUUUCCAAUAAAGCCUAUGAAGAUGCAGAAGCAAAAGCAAAAUAUGAAGCCGAAGCUGCCUUCUUCGCCAACCUGAAACUGUCUGAUUUCAACAUCAUUGACACCCUUGGAGUCGGAGGUUUCGGACGAGUUGAACUGGUCCAGUUGAAAAGUGAAGAGACGAAGACGUUUGCGAUGAAAAUCCUGAAGAAACGUCACAUAGUGGACACGAGGCAGCAGGAGCACAUCCGCUCGGAGAAGCAGAUCAUGCAGAGCGCUCACUCAGACUUCAUCGUGAGGCUCUACAGGACAUUCAAGGACAGCAAGUACCUGUACAUGCUGAUGGAAGCCUGUCUAGGUGGAGAGCUCUGGACAAUUCUCAGGGACAGAGGUUCGUUCGAGGAUUCAACAACCAGGUUUUACACGGCGUGUGUAGUUGAAGCUUUUGCCUAUUUGCAUUCCAAAGGAAUCAUUUAUAGGGACCUCAAGCCAGAAAACCUCAUUCUGGAUCAUCGAGGUUAUGCCAAACUGGUUGAUUUUGGCUUCGCAAAGAAAAUAGGAUUUGGAAAGAAAACAUGGACUUUUUGUGGAACUCCAGAGUACGUAGCCCCCGAGAUCAUCCUGAACAAAGGUCACGAUAUUUCAGCAGACUACUGGUCACUGGGAAUCCUAAUGUAUGAACUCCUGACUGGCAGUCCCCCUUUCUCAGGCCCAGACCCUAUGAAGACCUAUAACAUAAUAUUAAGGGGAAUUGAUAUGAUUGAAUUUCCAAAGAAGAUUGCCAAAAAUGCUGCUAAUUUAAUUAAAAAACUAUGCAGGGACAAUCCAUCAGAAAGAUUAGGGAACUUGAAAAAUGGAGUGAAAGAUAUCCAAAAGCACAAAUGGUUUGAAGGCUUUAACUGGGAAGGGUUACGAAAAGGGACACUGACACCUCCUAUAAUACCAAGUGUUGCAUCUCCAACAGACACAAGCAAUUUCGACAGCUUCCCUGAGGACAAUGAUGAACCACCUCCUGAUGACAACUCAGGAUGGGACAUAGAUUUUUAAUGUAUUUCUCUUACCUGCUUCUGCCUUGCUGAAGACAGCUUUCUGGGACAUGGCUGCCAGCGAAACCGAAAGAACCUGGGAGGAUUCGUGCUCGGGGUCACCAUGAUGCCUUGAUUGAUGCUGCUACAGUAACUACAGUGGCAUUAGGACUUAUUGCUUAGAUGACAAUAGUGCUCUUCAUGUUUUAUGUUCAGACUUAAUCUAGCAGUUGACAUGGUGGUCCUGACGCAAAGCCUUUCACCAGUAGAGAAAUAUGUUUUUUAUCACUGCAACGAUCUUGCUACGCUCUAAUUACAAAUGUUGAAAGAUUCAUAGCGUAAGACACAAUUAAUUCUAGCUGCGAGGUACUGGCUUUAUCAGUAGGAUCAGUAGUAAUUUAUUAAGUGCUGUAGCUAAAUACAGUACAGGAUUUGGGCUUCUCCCACACUCAGCUCGGUAGGUCUUCCACUGUUGGCCAGUCCAGGAACAAAGGAGGACCACAACAGUACUGGUCAAAGAGUUCACGUCAAAGCAGUGGUACAGUUUGUCCUUUUUCUUUCCAAGCAGUAUUUCACGACGAGACUGAAUGUUACUCUUCGUCUUUCUUUCUGAGAUUUUUUUUUUUUAACCUGGUGAAACAAAAGCACAACUGCUCUAGAUCCUGUUAAGGCAGAUAUGGGUCGCUUCUCUCAUACGGCCGAGGACGUAACGUAACAUGACGUUUGUGUUUUUUUCCUUUCCUUUGGUAGAAAUAUGUAAGUGCAUGAAAAAAAAAA